CCUGAAAUCCUUGAAACCUUAUGGUGAUUAAGUUUUGGGUAAACGUUUGAGAUUUCCUUGAGAACGGAAGAAUAUGGAUGAAGAAGAAUUACUAUUGGAAACACCGAGUACAUUUGAUGUUAGUAAUUUAAGCGAACUGGAUGAAUUGGCAAUUUUGGGUGAUGAUGAUAUUCAAGAGGAAGGAAGUAUUAAAGACGAGGUUGUAGAACACCAUGAAGAAACCGAAGAACUCGAUUAUGACGAAGAUUUGGAAGCCGAGAAAGCACCACGUUCUUCUAAGUUUACUUCUGAGCGGGCACUAAUGCAGAGGCGUUCUUUACUAAAUGAAGCAUCGUCGAAAAAGGAAAAUCAAAAUCGAAAUGCUCCGACAAACAACAUCUCAGCCAACAAAUCGGUUGAACCGUUAGGUUUGGAAGAACACUCAUCUCCAACAUCUCAAGUACAGUCAGUGAACAGUACGACAACAAGCACAACUCGUGCACUGAAAGUUUUCAUCAACCCUCAUCAUAGAGGCGUUAUCAGACCACAGAGAUCAGCAUCACACAGUUUCCCAUUACCAUGGGAAGCGGCAGUCAGAGUUCCCAGUGUUCCAGGCUUACGACAUCCGGUAGCUCUUCCACUACCGAACAGCGUCACAAUGUUACCACAGGUGUCGCACUCUAUUCCUUUUCCUAUUGUUCCAUCGUCAUCCACAGAUUUCUCGCGUCCACCACCGCAUAUAAUGCCACUUCCGAAUUAUUCAACACCACCUCCAUCUGUUUAUCCCAAUCAGUUUAUGGCAGAGUCUCUUGGCCCAAUCCCAUCCGUUGGACAGUGGGAUCAAAUGGUGGAAGGUUUUUUGCGUCGCACAACGGCUCGUAGCAGAUCUCGUUUCUCACGUUCACCACGUUCUUCCUCUUCUUCACGUUCAAGAUCGCGUUCUUAUUCAUCGCAUUCCUCAAGUUCUACGAUAUCUUCACGUUCCUCAUCACGUUCACCUUAUCGCCGAGUUCAUUCUCGCAGUCGCCGUUCAUCUUCACGGCGUCCAUUUAAUUAUCGUUCAAGGAAUGAAAUGAUGCGUCGACGUCCCGGAGACCGUUCGCGACAAUCUGGUGAUAGUCACAGAGAGCCAGUAUACCAUUCUGAUCGUACUAGAAGUCGUGCAAAUGAUGUAGCAAAGCAGGAAAAGACCAUUGAAUGUGCGAAAGCGAUUGGUUUAGAUAGUGAGUAUUUAACAAAGCUGGAGGAACAGAAAAAAAUGCGCGAAGUGAUUUUACGAAAAAAAGAAGAACGACGUAUUCAAACCGUCCAACGUCUUGGAGGACCAAUUUCUAUAUCCGAUCAGAAGUCUGCACGACAGUUGAGUCGUACGGGUAAUUUUGGUGAACGACGAAUUGAACGCUGUCGACGAAUGGAUGAAGAGCAUUCUAAUAAACGGAAAUUUGACAGUAAGACACGAAAAAGUGGUGGAAUUCGAAACGGUAGAAAAGAGCCUGUGAGUGGCACAAACAGUGACGUUUCACGAGAAACCGCUAACACUGGCCGACUGGAAGCAUCAGUUUGUGCGGAGAAAGGUGUAGCUACGAACAGUAGUGUCGUACAAAAGAUGGAACCUACAGUGCCAGGAAAUGAUCCCACUAUGGAGCAAACGGCAGCAGGAGCCACUGCUACUGUAACAGCUGCAGUCACAUCAAUUCGUCGUACUAAACGAGAAAACGAGCAGAACCCGGAACGAGCACGGAAGAAAAAGGCUUAUUUGGCUGUUAUUGUCAACUCACUUAAUCAGGCUCCUAUCAAUGUGGACAGAAUCAGGAUCAUUGCGGAGACUGUUGGGCCCACCAAGAAAGUGUGGAGGUCGUCGGAGAAUACGGUAUCGCUUAUUUUUGAGGAACAUGAGAGCGCCAAGAAAUUCAUGUUUCAUUAUCACAAUCGAGUAAUCCAUGGUGUACAACUUGCUGUAACGCUACAGAAACUGUUCGCUAAUUUGACGGAACUUCCAUGAUGAAUGCCUCCGUUGCUGCUGGUGAGAUUUAAUGAAAUUUUCUUCAACUGACGAAAAGUAUUGCUUAGUAACUAGCUAUUCAUUUCAAGCAUUAUCGCUUAAAUUUUGGCAUUUUCAUUAAAUCUGGAGGUUCGGAUAGCUACGAUACGGAAAAGAAAAUAUUAGAUAAAACUAGUUUAAGUCACGAUAAUCAAAUUG